AUACUAUUAUCCUAACGUAAGGGACCAGAUGGUUGCCAAAGGAACCUUGCCGUUAUCAAGAAUCUGUGCCAUGGUAACCAUGCAGCACCGUGAAGAUUUGGGAAUGCAGAACUUUAGUCUCCCAUUAACCCCCAGACUUGAGAACAGCAAAGAAUUGAAGAGCCAGUCAUCAGGUUUCCUGGAUGUGAGUCUGAGGUACCGGCGUAGCCCAAGAACAGCAGAGGGAGUUCUUGCUGCCCGAGCUGUCUCCAUCUCAGUCCAGAUUAUCAGAGCCUGUGGUCUUCAGGCAGCAGCCAAGGUGCUGGCUGAGCAGGAACCCGCUCUACGGUUUAGUGCCACUGUUGGAGUCAAUGCUUCCGUCACCACCCAUCUCUCAUUUCUGCCCAAGGGGGAACAGCGUCAAACCCGCCCUGUGGCCUGCUCCUUCUGCCCCGAGUUCUCCCAUCACAUCGAGUUCCCAUGUAACCUGGUGACUCAGCACUUUAGUGGAGAAGCCUGCUUCCUGGCAGAGCUGUUGGAGUUUGCCGAAAUUAUUUUUGCUAUCUAUCAUGAAAAUACCAAAUCAGUCAGUGAUAUAACCAGUAUCCAGUCAUGCAAAGAUUAUCUGCUUGGAGUAGUAAAGGUGCCAACGAAAGAUCUGCUGGUCAAGAGAUCUGGGAUCACAGGAUGGUAUCCUGUCAUUUUACCAGAAGAUGAAGGCCUGCCUCAGGACCUGGAGUUUAUGCAGAAGAUUGUAGGAGGCCUGGAGCUUUCUGUUUCCUUCACACAUCCUGGAGAUAGAGAGCGGGUGUUGGAAGCUGCUGAGCUGCUGGGCUGGAGCUUUGAGAAUACCCCAAAGGAUCUUGUCAAGAUGGAAGAAGAGGUGCCAGCCACUGUCACCAUUUCCACCCCAAGACUCUGGCUUCCUAUCCACUGUGUGCUGCUUGCUGGUCAUAAGAGCAUUCAUAGGAACACAUAUUGCUACCUUCGCUACAAGCUGUACAAUCAAGAAGCCUUUUGGACUCCUCUCAGGAAACCUAAGGAGUCUACAAACAAAAACCAGGUCCUGGUUACUUUCAAGGCAUCCAAAAGAGCGGAAGUCAGUCGGAGCCAGUCACUGCUCUGGUACUUUAGGGAGGAGAGGUUAGAGAUCCAAGUGUGGCGAGCUCAUGGCAAUGAUAAUCUCGAGAGGCCGCACCAGACCGACAGCUGGAUUGGCUCAGCCUAUGUAGACCUGUCCAGACUUGGGGAAAGAUCACCAAGGACACUAACUGUCAGUGGUGUGUAUCCUCUGUUUGGAAGAAAUGCUGCCGACCUCUCUGGAGCUGCUCUGCGCAUUCAUGUGGUUCUUUCCCCCCUUUCCCCACAUACUGAGCCCACUCGUGAACUGGACUCCAUGGACUGCAGCAGCCACAGUGAGUCUGAGCAGCUCCCCAGAAAGAGCAGUGAGCUCCAGCUCUCUCCACCCUGUGCACUCCAGACGUCUCCCACCUCCACCCAGGUCCAUGGCAACAACGCUGCAGCUGAAGUGUGCCCUGCCCAGGAGGGCCCUCCCGAGUUGGAUGGGACCUUUGCAGUCAGCAUCCUGGUAGAGAGAGCCAUGCACUUGAGCUUGAAAGGGAGCCCCUUGACAGAUAGGAAAGUAUCUGCACCCAGUUGCUGUGUAUCCUUUGCCACUACCAGUGAGCCAUCGCCUGUCUACACCCACGUGGUUGAAAAUACCGAUUCCCCCAUCUGGAAUUUUCACCAGCAGUCAAGGUUAUCAAAAGAGCUGCUUCUGGACCCACAUCAAACCCUGGUCUUCAAAGUGUGGCAUAAAGGAGAUGAAGAGAGGGUGGUUGGCUUCGCCUCAGUGGACCUCUCCCCACUACUGUCCGGCUUUCAGUUUAUCUGUGGCUGGUACAAUAUUACAGACUUCAGUGGAGAGUGCCAAGGGCAAAUCAAAGUUGCUAUUUCACCUAUGGAGAGCCUGAUGCACUUAAAAGAAGAAAAACAAGCAAGACGCGGGAUGGAGACUCCAGGAUCCCUGAUCCCGUUGUUCAGCCCCCUUUCCUUCCCUGCCUCUACUUUAUGCGAUGCAUUCCCUGGGCCCAUUACAAAGCACAUCCAAGGCCAGCUUGCUCACACUUCUCCAAAGGAGGAUGAUUUCUCCUCGCCUGCCAGAAAUGGUACCAUAAGAAGCCAGGCAGCACGCCAUGAAGAGCAUGUGCAGAACAUCCGCCGCUUUCACGAGUCCCUACAGCAUGGGGAGGCAGGCUUGACAAGUGAUGAGAAGCUGACCACAGUGCCUUCAUCCUCCCACACCUCCAUCCUGACUUCUCUCAGGAGGAAUCUGAGUGAGCUGGAUGAGAUCCAAAGGUACUUCAACCAGAAGCUCAGCAAGCCUUUCCUGCCCUUCGGCUCUCAGAGCUCUCCUGCUGUCUCACAGAGCCAGGAGAGCCAGAGGGACCCUGUGGGCCCAGGAACCAGCCGCCAAGACCCAGAGAGCCAGAGCAUCCUGGAGAAAUCCAGUAACCUGGUGUUGCAAGUCAGCUCCUUAAUCUCAGAUCUGCAGACUAUCACCAGAGAUUCACAAGCAGCUUUGACUUCUCACCAAGCCAGGAGUAGAAGCAGAACAGUCACCACCCUCCCAGAUGCUCAGGACACCGAGGCUGUUCCAGAGGGAAGCACCACUCCAGAGGAGCCAUUGGCAGGAGCUAUAGAGGCGAACACAGAUUCCCUGCCUCCUCCUGUUGAAGAGCCUUCAAAGGGAGGAGGGAUGCUCCAGGAGUCGCUGGAGCAGACAGUGCCCAUCACAAGGGAACAGAGCAGCGAUGACACGGAGAUAAACCGGGACCAGAAGCCCAUUCCAGAGAUCCUGGCUGAGAGUGAAGUUCUCUCCAGUGAGUUCAGUGACUCCUCUGAGAGCUUUGAGAAGUUUCCUCUACUCCUACCCUCCCAAAGCAAAAGGGAUGAUCACAAAAAGCCACCCAUGAACUCCCCUGCUGUGAGGCAGAAGCAGGUACCAACUGGGUCAGAGGUGUCCACAAGGCAGAAUCUCCUUCUCCCAGAACCUGUUGUAGUGCCCAACUUCUUUUUGCCUCCCCAACAACUGGAGGCCUCUCUACGCAUGAUCUCACACUCUCCAGGUUUGCCACCACCAGCCACCGCUGACCAG